AUGUGGGGAUGUAAGCUGCUCCUGCUGGUCUCCUGCCUCUGCUGGUCUGUGAGCGGCAGAACCAUCGCACACAAGGACAAAGGUCCCCGGAGCUCCAGGCCCCUCAUCCUCCCGGGUUUCCCCCAGAACGUGACAGCGGAGGCGGGCGCGGAGGCCACACUGGUCUGUAAGGUCCACCGCCCAGACCAGACCCAGGUCCAGUGGCUCAGAGCUCACACCAGCAGCAGCUCGGACCAGCACCAGGGAGAGAACCUACAUCUGCAGGCCCUGACGCGUUUACAAAACAACGGCAGUAAAACGUACUCUCUGCGUCUGAGGAACGUGACGGCGCAGGACGGCGGCGAGUUCAUCUGCCUCGCCCAGAGCGUCCACCAGGGGGAGACGGUGCAGGCCAUGCAGUCCGCCUGGCUCCACGUCAGCACAGGAACGAAGGCGACGAAUAAAGAGGAGCUGAGAACUUCAAAGGCUUCACAAGACGUCGUGGAGGAGUUUCUGGACGAUACCAUGGAGCACCUUCUCCUGGAGCCGGGGAACCAGCUGAGGCUGCGCUGCGACCUCAGCUCCAGACCAGGAAUGGCCGUGUCCUGGUACCGGGACGGAACCCGGGUCUUGGCCACGCCCCGAGUCCAGAUGAGAGGGACCAGUUUGGAGAUCUCUGACAUGACGUACGAGGACUCAGGCGUGUACCUGUGUGCGCUCAGAGGGACCAGGAAUCCUCUGAGGAACUUCACCAUCACCGUCGCUGAUGCUGUUGGUUCUGGUGACGAUGACGAAGACGAUGGUUUUGACGAAGCUUCUUCUGAGAACGACAGACUUCUCGUUUCUCGAGCUCCGUACUGGACGCACACUCAGCGGAUGGAGAAGCGUCUCUGUGCGGUUCCCGCCGGGAACACGGUGAAGUUCCGAUGUCCCGCCUCCGGAGCGCCGCUGCCCUCCAUCCUCUGGCUCAAGAACGGGAGAGAGUUCAGGGGAGAGCACCGCAUCGGAGGGAUCAAACUGCGGCACCAGCACUGGAGUUUGGUGAUGGAGAGUGUGGUUCCUUCUGAUCGUGGAAACUACACGUGUGUCGUAGAAAACAGACACGGAUCUUUGACUCACAGCUACACCCUGGAUGUACUAGAGCGCUCCCCUCACAGGCCCAUCCUGCAGGCUGGUCUUCCGGCCAACACCAGCGCGGUGGAGGGUUCUGACGUCCACAUGGUGUGUAAGGUCUACAGCGACGCUCAGCCGCACAUACAGUGGCUCAAACACAUCACACAGAACGGCAGCCGCUACGGACCCGACGGCAUGCCCUACGUCAAGGUCAUCAAGAGCGGGAGUCUGAACGUGUCGGAGGUGGAGGUUCUGCACCUGACCAGAGUGAGCCUGGAGGACGCAGGAGAAUACACCUGUUUGGCCGGAAACUCCAUCGGCUUCGCUCACCAGUCUGCAUGGCUCACCUCCAACAAAGUCUCGGUCGUGCAACAGUCUCACGGGAUCCACGCUCUGUCCUCUCUGCUGCCCUACGACCAGUUCAACUCCAGCCUCAGCUCCAGCCCGCCACACCUGCCCUCAGACCUCAGCCACAAGACAGGAGUCCACAGACAGAGCCAGGACCUGUCCGGGUACUACCCUCUCCCCCCAGGGGGCAUGGGACAGAUCUCCCCCUCCAUGGGCUGGUUCCCUCACUCCCUGAUGUUGGGUUCCUCAGGGAUGCACCCCACAGGGAUCCCUCAUCCGGCCAUCAUCCCCCCCUCAGGGAAGCAGGAGCCCGAGCUGUACGACCGACACCUCUACGGGAAGGCUCCGGUGGAGGUGAAGAGGGAGAAGGAGCCGAAGAAGCCGGUGAUAAAGAAACCUCUGAACGCGUUCAUGUUGUACAUGAAGGAGAUGAGAGCGAAGGUCAUCGCUGAGUGUACGCUCAAAGAGAGCGCCGCCAUCAACCAGAUCCUGGGCCGACGGUGGCACGCUCUGACCAGAGAGGAACAAGCCAAGUAUUACGAACUCGCCCGAAAAGAGAGACAGCUCCACAUGCAGCUCUACCCCACAUGGUCCGCCCGCGACAACUAUGAGGCAGGCCGUAGCGAGGGCGGUAGAUGGGCGGAUGGGGGCAAAAAGAAAAGAAGGAAACGAGAGAAGACACAGGACUCCAGCGCCGACCCUGGUUCUCCAAAGAAAUGUCGUGCUCGCUUUGGCCUGAGUCAGCAGACAGACUGGUGCGGGCCGUGCAGGAGGAAGAAGAAGUGCAUUCGCUACAUUCAGCUGUGCCCCUCCCCCUCUUCAGACCUGAGCACCUCUCCCCCUCCCCAGACGCCUCCCCCCACAGACUGUCCCACGGCCGCGUCCCGCCUGCGCCUCGGGGACCGCGCCCUCCGUCACCAGCACCAGCAGCAGCACCAUCAGCAGCACCGCUCUCCCUCUCCCCAGACGCCUCCCUCGUCCCGGCGCUCGCAGCUCUGCCUCAGUCGUCUGUCGUUGGCUCGAGCCGCGGGACUCUCUCUCACACUGCUCACCGACGCCACCUGA